AUGGGUCUGGGCCGGCUCACAGUCGGUCUGGCCCGGCUCACUCUCGGUUUGGACCGGCUCACACUUAUUCUGGGCCGGCUCACAGUCGGUCUGGCCCGGCUCACUCUCGGUUUGGGCCGGCUCACACUUAUUCUGGGCCGGCUCACACUCGGUCUGGGCCGGCUCACACUUGGUCUAGGCCAGCUCACUCUCGGUUUGGGCCUUCUCACACUUAUUCUAGACCGGCUCACUCUCGGUUUGGGCCAACUCACACUUAUUCUGGACCGGCUCACUCUCGGUCUGGGCCAACUCACACUUAUUCUGGGCCGGCUCACACUCGGUCUGGGCCGGCUCACACUUGGUCUGGACCGGCUCACACUCGGUCUGGGCCAACUCACACUUAUUCUGGACCGGCUCACACUCGGUUUGGGCCUUCUCACACUUAUUCUGGACCGGCUCACACUCGGUUUGGGCCUUCUCACACUUAUUCUGGACCGGCUCACUCCUGGUUUGGGCCAACUCACACUCGGUCUGGGCUCACUCUUGGACAAAUGCGAUUGUCGGCUCAGCACUGAACCUGACACUAAUUUUAAAGCGCUACAUGCAAAGCCCCCGCAGCAGCCGCAGCAGCCGCAGCAGCCGCAGCAGCCGCAGCUCAUCUACAGUUCGGUGUUCGCUGUCAGAAAAGCCUCAAAAGUCCGACUCCCGUGA